ACUAUGGCCCCCUUAAGUCGUCCUUGUGUCCACGCUGCUUAAACUUUGUUCGUCUGCACAGUGAAUUGUAAUUGCUCCUCUGUUGUUACUCGAGGUGAGCACCGCUUGGCCCGCCGCUUCAAUUAUUGCCAGCGUCGCGUGGCCCAGCAGUUUUCCACAACACGAAACGCGCCUGCGAUCAGCCUCAAAUCUCCACCCCAGGCGUCGGAAGGCGACAAACGCAUUCUCGUAACCCGCCAGUUCAGGACCAUGAACGAUGCAGCGCAGUCAGAACAUUGUGCGCAUGCUUCGCCCAAUGGCUCAAUAACUCAGGAUCCGGUUCCUCAGACGCCCACCGCGCACUCUCUCACCGAUUCCUCAACGUCUUUGUCCAAAAAGCAUGACUCUCGGCCGCAUUCACGCAGCGGCCCGUCAGCGUCGCCCUUGUCAUGGUUGAACAACUUGAGGAGGCCGAAGACUGCGCCCGGUCAAGGCCAAAGGCCGCCGCCACCAUUCUUUGCGCGAUCGCAACUCAAUGAUGACCCCAGGCGCGACAGCGCACUCCAGCCUGCAAGCGUUGCCUCGACGAUGAUCGCUCCUUCCACAGUACUAGACGGCGACUCGGGCCUUUCGCGGGUAUCAAGUUUGCCAGCGAUUGUAGUGCAAGAUUCAAACUCGGAGGAUGUAGAAAAGCUUCAUACCCGCAAGACCGAGGCCAGGGACAGAACCUUGACGGAGAAGCCGCCGACGGUCAUUGGUGCACAACAAGAUUCCGCUUCGUUCAGCGGCAUUACCAUGGCGAUUCCCACAGGCGGAUUGGAAGAUCUGUCAUCGCCGGAGAAGAUUCAGUUCUCAAAACGCGGGAGCAUGCUGCUUGACGGCAAGAAAGCUACACAACUAUCCAAUGGUACUGCAACAUCCGCGGCAGCAUCUCUGCGAUCGCCGUCGCUGCGGACAGACAAUGGGUCGCGGACGAGUUUGACAGCACGGCAGUCGAGGGUGCUUUCAGCCGAUGAGAGUGAGCUGUCACAACGAGUGCGUUCUAUGUACGAGUUUGGCAACGAGCGUGGUGUGGACUGGUCAGAGCGAACAGUUCUGGACGAUAUGGUAAUGGAAGAGGAUGAAGCUGAGGUAGGGGAGCCAGGCAUAUCCGCGUCUCAAACUUCUACGUUACGAGCACCGAAAGAGCCAGGUGACCGUACAAAAAAACGGGCGAGUAUCAUACCGUGGGAGCCAUACGAAGCAGCGGGAGGUUUGGAAGACUGGCAGGAUGUAGCGGCAGAUGAGGUCGAUCGCUACGGCUUCAUCAUUCCUAAAAAAUCGGAGUCUCGAGGUUCAAAUGCUUCAGGAAAUUCACCGCAACUGAUGCGCGUAUCCACUGUGCUGGUAGAGUUGUCAGAAUCGCCGAGACGGAAGCGUACGGUACGGCGUUCUGCAUCGCGAGCAUCGCAGAAGGUGGAAAACGGAGGCGGCAAACUUAAAAGGCAGUCGUCGAAGUCUUCGAGGAACAGUUUACGACCGCCUGCAUCGGUAUAUUCAACACGAAGCAACACCUCGCUGAGCAUCCAGCAGAAUCCGCUACGGUAUGCGUCAAAUCGCCUUCCACAUAAUAGAGAGCGAAGAUGGAUGGAUGAAGCGAGCGACAUGCUCACUCUUCCGCCUGGAUUGGAAGAGCUCGCUGUCGCUAAGGAGGGUGGCAAAGCCUCCGCUGCAAUGAAGAAGAAAGAACUGCAGCGGGAAGAGAAGUGGCGAAAAAUGGGCAGGCUUUCUACAAAGAGUGGCAUGAAGGGCGAAGGAAUGCAAUUUAACUUUGACCCUAAAGAUCCGAAGGUCAUCUCGAGGACCUGGAAAGGUAUUCCAGAUAAGUGGAGGGCUUCAGCUUGGUACUCUUUUCUCGCUGCCAGUGCGAAGAAUCAUAAAGAUUCUCACAGUGACGAAGAGCUCACCGAGAUAUUCCAUGCCUUACAAGACGACGGCUCUCCAGACGACGUACAGAUCGACUGCGACGUUCCACGAACUGUAAAUCGCCAUAUCAUGUUUCGCAGACGGUAUCGCGGAGGCCAACGACUCCUUUUCAGAGUGUUACAUGCAAUGUCGCUUUAUUUUCCCGACAAUGGCUAUGUUCAAGGCAUGGCUGCCAUUGCCGCGACUCUUUUAUGUUAUUACGAUGAGGAACACGCUUUCAUUAUGAUGGUACGUUUGUGGCAACUUCGAGGAUUGAAUCGAUUGUACAUGGCAGGCUUUGAAGGUUUGAUGGAGGCGCUUGAGGACUUCGAGAAGAACUGGUUGCGCGGUAACGACGUGGCGAAGAAGCUUGAAGAGUUGGGCAUCACCUCCACUGCCUACGGUACACGAUGGUACCUCACAAUGUUCAAUUAUUCGAUUCCUUUCCCCGCUCAGUUGCGCGUAUGGGACGCAUUUAUGCUGCUCGGUGACGUUACAAAUUCGACGAACCCAGACAAUGUCUUUGGGGCUGAUUUGGACGUCUUGCACGCGACGUCCGCAGCGUUGAUCGACGCGACGAGAGAGAUACUUCUUGAUUCUGAUUUCGAGAAUGCGAUGAAGGUUCUGACGAGCUGGAUUCCAGUUAAGGAUGAGGAUCUUCUAAUGAAAGUCGCGUUCGCUGAAUGGAAACAAAGAAAGAAACGAGCGUAAGCUUGUCUUACACACAGUCACUCAUGGGUACUUUUUGUUCAAGGUAUUGGAUUGCCUUCUCUCAUAGAAAUUGGUUUCCGCACAAAUCGCGUAGAGAAAGCGAGCUUUUACGUACAAAUGCAUGAUAGCGCUGCAUUGUAUGACCAGUAGCUUGCUGGAAUGAGUUGCGAGAGAAUACUACAUAGGCCUAGGGCCGAGUCGAUCGACUCAAUAUACCUCCUCGUAUAUACUCCGCUGGUAUUAUUGUUUAAUCUGUAAUCAUAAUAGAGGCUUCGGAUUUAA